CGUUCUUUGUUUCAGCUAAAGACAUCUUGAUUCGAUCCACUCAAUUGUCACGACGUUUCAAAGGUGACAGAUGUCAAGGUUUGUCGGUGGUGAUCUUUGAUGAUGAGGAUGAUGACCAUUCGAGAUUGCGAUGAUAUCGUAAUGCUGGAUGGAUGAUUACGUCCGUUCGAAUCUCUUUCGGCGUGUUUUUGUGUGUGUGUGUUAUGCGUGAGCGCGCGCAUUCGCUCGUUAAAUAGCCAGCAGAAAAUGUAGUUUCGUCUGGGUCUGGUGCUGUGCUGUGACGGGCAGUAGUCAUUCAGUAAAAGUGCGCGGCAGAAGGAGGACAGUGUUCCGCGACGUUCAUCAAGCGAAACAGACAGAUAGAAGAGGAGGACGAACGAGUUCGAGUAAACGUAAGACACUCGCACACAGGUAUAUAUAUACAUACAUAUCGAGGUGUCAAAACAACAAGAACGGACGACGAUGGCUUCGAACGAGGAAUGCUUCUUCGAGGGCGUCGAGAAACUCCUGGAGAUCUGGUUCACGACCUCCGAUCAGGCGGCCGGCAAAUCCAACGGGGCCGACCUGCGGAAAAUCCCUAGGAACCAACUCGAAUCUCUGCUGAAAAUUGUGCGGUGCGAGAUAAUCAGCUCCGUGAGAAACGAUCACGUCGACGCAUACGUACUUAGCGAAAGUUCCAUGUUUGUGUCGAAGAGACGUUUCAUCCUGAAGACGUGCGGAAGCACGACGCCCUUACUGUGCUUGGAACGUCUGCUGCUGCUCGUGGAGCAGUACGCAGGCUUCAACGACGUGGAGGAUAUAUUCUACUCCCGCAAGAAUUACAAGAGACCCGAGCUGCAGGUGUCGCCGCACAGCGAUUUCAACCAGGAGGUUGCCCUUCUGGACACGAUGUUCCCGGAGGGAGCAGCGUACUGUUUGGGCGCCGUCAACAGAGACUGCUGGUUCCUGUACACGUUGAACCCACUUCCGCAGACCCCAGCAGCUGUUCUUCCGCCCGGCGUCCAGACCGAGGCCGACCAGACGCUCGAGAUCCUGAUGACCGAUCUCGAUCCAGAGAUCAUGUGCAUCUUCACCAAAGAGGAAUGCCUGAACGCGGCAGAAGCCACCAAGAAAUCUGGAAUAGACAAGAUCAUUCCAAAUAUGAUGAUCGACGAUUACCUGUUCGAGCCGUACGGCUACUCGAUGAACGGCGUUUCAAAAACUACUAACCAAGAUAAUCCACCUGGAUCGUACAUGACCAUCCACAUAACGCCGGAGUCAGAGUUCAGUUACGUUAGCUUCGAAACAAACGUACCUUCCGGAAGUUACCGUGAGACGAUCGGCAAAGUCCUGGACGUCUUCAAUCCUGGAAAGUUCACCAUCACCGUCUUCGCCAAUCAAGCGUCGCAGGCCAGGGAAUUGCCGAAGGAGCUUCACUUCCAAUCGAAGAUCGGCGACUGGAAUCGCAGGGAGAUGCAGGUGUGUCAUUUCAAGAACUACGAUUUGACCUACCUGUUCUACAGCAAGUUCCCGAGCUGAGGGUGUCCAGCCGAGCUGUGCACGUCCACAGCCGAAACCGGUGGCCGACGGCAGGCGGCGCCGUCGGCGUCCGGUCGCAGCCGCUCCGCCGCCCCCACAUCUAGUUGUAGUGAUAGCAGUAGUACCUUUAGUCCGUUCCAAUGUUGCGAUGCGGCCAUCAAACCAGUGCGCCGAAGGCGUUACUACGUGCGACCGCCCCCAGAGACACCGCCACCGCAUCAGACGCACAACGUCUCCGCCCCGGCACGAACUCACCCGAUCCUACCCGAGGCCUUCUCUUUCGACGAUUUCGGGUCUGCUCUGAUCAUGUUCUGCUGGUGGCGCACGAAGAUCUCGUGAGGCUCACCGCAAACUCUCUGAGUAGUUCGACACGCGACCCGACGGUUCCCUUCAACCUAUGAGGGUUAGGGCUCAAAAACAAAACACACACACACAUACAAAACAACAACAAAACACAAUCUCACCAACAAAAUAAGAAAAAAACAUAUUUUAAAAACCCUUCGAAAAAAAGAAUAUAAUUAUUAAAGUGAGUCGCCGUCUGAACUACUCGGAAAGUUUUAAAACAUUGGAUUUUAAAUUUUUUAAAUCAAAACAUGUAUAUAUAUAUCUAUACAUACGUACAUGCAAACUACAAACAAACAAACAAACAAAAAGCAACUACAAUACCAACAUCCUCUCUCCCAACAAAAAAAAAAAACAAAAUUUAACAAACAUUUCGCCAACACAACAAUUCGAUUAAGAAAACAUAAUGAUAACUGUAAUACGCGUAUAAAUAUAUAUAUAUUUCCCAAAUGAAAACAAAAGUUUGAGUUAACAGUAACUAAACUUAUGCGUAAACAAAGAUACAAACAGACAAAAAAAAAAGCUUAGUUAUUAUGUGGUGCAAGAGGAUCUUUGUCUCUCGAGUUUCUUUCUCAAAUAUAAGAAGCGAAGA